AUGGCGGCCUGCGCCGAGCCCCGGGCGGGCAGGGGCAUCUCGACGUCAGGCCCGCCCCGAGUGUCCACGUUGCCGGUCCAGAAGUCCACCGUGGAGCCAAUGCUGUUGGUGCUGGACCUCGACGAGACGCUCGUGCGGGUGAGCUGCGAGGGCGUGCACUGCCACAAGCGGAAGCUGGACAGAGUCGACUUCAGCGUCGACGUGCAGCUUGACGUCAGCCAUCGGUGCCACGUGUCUGUUCGACCAGGCGUCGAUGAUUUUCUAGCCUGGAUCCAGGAGCGGCGGAGGCAGGGCGUCAUGGACACGCCGUGGAUUUUUACUACCUCCACUGCGAGGUACACCAAGGCCAUAUUGCGCCACCUGGACCCAGGUGGCCGUGUUUUUGGAUUGAAUGUCCUGACGCAGCAGGCGUGCGCGCUGCCCCGGCUGCCUGGCUUCUUCCUCAAGGAACGCCGCGGGGGUGCCGCGCGCGAAGCCUGGCGGCUGCAGCCAAGGGCGGAAUGA